AUGGAAAUUAAGGAGAUGACAGAAGUCUGUGGAAUCGAGGAAAAGCUGUCAUCGGCCAUAAUCCUGUGUACUGCCUUAUCCAUUCCGGUUAUGUACAUCGCUGCCGUAGUAACCACCUUGGACGUGUAUUGGUUGACUGGGUACAUAUUAAAGUUAAGAGAAACAAUGCAAUGGUCUUCCGUCGUCAGUCUGUUAGCAUCGACUUGUGUGAUCGUGGUUCUUCUGGCUGGAAGUCGAUGGAGGAAACAACCUCACACGAACGUUUUUUACUUGGUAGUUAGUCAGGUUAUUCUUGGUUCAGGAGUUUUGUUCUGGGUAACUUUUCCUAGCAACUCAAAAUGGUUUAACAACCUUCUGACUGCCUGGAUAACCUAUGGACAGUUGGCCUCCAGGAUAUGGACAGCUGUCAUCGCUGUGGUUAUAGUGUUGCACCAGCGCCACUCUGCGGAAAGAUUCGGUAUUCCCUUUUUAAUAUUCGGAUUUGGAAUGCCAGUACUAGCAACAGUGGGCUUAUUCAUGCUGAGAAACCUGUUUCAUUUUUCUUGGAUUGGUCAAGAUUUACCGGUAUUUUUGUACGGAAAACCAGAG